AAUAGCAAUGUUGAACCAAGCUGGUAUAGCGUCUAAUCCUGUUGCUAGAACGCGGUCAACAAGAUCCCCUUCCCAAGCAUCACACGAGCAUCGCAACAGCCUUAACGAUACAUGGGAAGGGGACUUUUCAUCCGCGUUCUGGCAGGAGUAGCGUCUAUUGCAUCCAUAUUAUCAGGUAUUUAGCGAGAAUUCACGAUAAUGGAAUAUCUAAACAGCGAGUGUGAUGGUGAUAGUGAUUCCAGCAAUUCCCAAUCUAGUCAAAAAAAAUUCAAGCUUAGCAAUGCUGCUAAAGUCAGUGUUCAGACAUCAGGGAUUAGAUCAUCACCAUUAAAACCGCCUGAGAAGUCACGAAUUCCUCAUGUCAUGGAUGACAAAAAAUAUAAAUUGAUUAAUGUAACAAACCAAUCUGGCAUUAUACCAACGACUGUUAGCUCGGCAUUGCUUAUGAAGAAAAUUAAUGAAGUUCUACGCUACUCUCAAGAGGGUUUGCGAUUCAUGACAGAAAUGGAACCAAAAAUUAAUCAGCUGUCUCGACAGAUUGGUGAGCUAUCAGAAAAAGUUGAAGUACUCUCCAACAGAAGAGCACUCGGUCAAGAUUUACUGUAUCCCGAGUAUCUACCAUUUGCGACGGAAGAUGACGUGAAAAAUUACGAAAACGCCAGUGACGAAGAUAGAACUAAAUUUAAACAUUAUAUAACCAGCUUCCGAGGGGGAAAAGAUGUCCAUGAAAAUUUGCGGUUUGUUUUGAAAAAUAAUUUAAUUUUUAAGGAAGAAUUGCUGGUUCUCUUUAAUUACGUUGAAGCUUCGGAAGCUAAGCCCAAUGUUGUAUUGGGCACACAAUUAGAUUGGGAUUUUUAUGCGGCGUUCAGAGUAAUGUUCCCUGACAUGACCAGACAACAAUUCAAAGAAGCCUUUAAAGCCGCUCUAAAGGCUGCAGAUACCAGGGUAAAGAAAAAAAUUGCAAACCCUGAGAAGCCGCCAGUCAAAAGAAAGAGUCGAAAGAAUAUCGCAAAAGAUUUUUAUGAUAAGCCGUAUCACAAAGAAAAUGACAACACACAAUGAUAUCUAUAUUUUGCACUAAAUUUACUAUUAUUUUGUUAAAAAGUUUAUAAUUACAUUAGAAUUAUGUAAACAGACAUCGCCUAAAUACAGUCAGUGACUGUACAUUAACAGUAAAAUAAU